ACUUUUGAAUUUUGCGUUACGAUGGAACAUAUUGGUGAGCAUUCAACUAGCAUUUAUCAUGAUACUGUCUCUAUCGGUGGUGGUUCAUCAUUUCCACAGUUCCCUUCCCAAGUGCGAGGAUGGUCAGAUGUGGCCGAUCCUAGUUCCGAGUCAUUAGCCGUUGAAAUUUCUGGAGCGAUGAGUGAUAAAGAUCGUGUCCUAUUCAAAAUUCAUACAAAGACUACAUUGCCUGAUUUUAAACAAAAUGAAUGUGAUGUACAACGAAUGCACGAAGAAUUCGUCUGGCUUCAUGAUCGUUUAGUUGAAAAUGAUGCAUAUGCAGGUCUAAUUGUUCCACCGGUCCCGCCAAAACCAGAUUUCGAUGCAUCUCGUGCUAAACUACAACGACUAGGUGAAAAUGAAGGCAAUCUACCCGUAGAGGAUCUGCGAAAAAUGAAAGCUGAAUUAGAAGCUGAAUACUUAGCUACUUUUAAGAAAACAGUUGCAAUGCAUGAAGUGUUUUUACAACGACUAGCAUCACAUCCAACAUUUAAGCAUGAUCAUGGUUUUCGUGUAUUUCUGGAAUUCGAAGAAGAAUUAAACGUACGAAAUAAGACAAGAAAAGAAAAGGCUGUUGAUUUUUUAAAAUCUGUCUCAAAAUCAGCUGAUGAAACUUUGUGGUUAAAUAAUCAACGCGAUAAUGAUACUUUCUUUUGUGAAGAGAAAUGUACCUUAGCUGUUUAUCAUUCAGCUAUAAAAGAUGCAACGGUAGCAGCGGAUUUAGCAUCGAAAUGUCGUAAAACUAAUGCAAAUACUUUAUUACAAAUUGAAUUGGCUCUAUCUAAUCUAAUUCCAAAAGAAUGCAAUAUCACUUCUGAAACUGAGUUAGUUAGUUUGACAACUCUGUUAUCCAACUUCUUUGAAAGCUUUCGAAAAAUUCUAGUUCGUUUGAGUUCGGAUGAAGAUUUAAAAUUAUCUGAUACAUUUCGUUACUAUGCCAUUGAUACUGGAGCCGCACGUGACCUACUCUAUCGUCGAUGUCGUGCAUUAGCAGAUUAUGAAACUGCUAAUCGUAAUCUCGAUAAAGCCCGUGCACGUAUGAAAGAUGUUCAAACAGCGGAAGAUGCACAAACUGCAGCUAAUGAACGUUUCAAGUCUAUUUCAGAAUCAGCUAAACUUGAAUUAGAAGAUUUCAAAGUUCGUCGAAUUAAAUAUUUCCAUAAAAAUUUAGUUGAUCUCGCCGAAUUAGAAGUUAAACAUGCUAAGUCCCAGAUAGAAUUAAUAAAAUCUUCAUUAACACGAUUAAAACUAAUCAAUAUACCUGUAUGAAAUCAUCUACGAUUACCAUAAAACCGAUGAUUUUUGCCAACAGUAACACCUCAAUCACCACCGUUACUACUAUGAGUAAUAUUGUCCAUUCCAAUUCACCGACAAAUAACAUCCCAUUUAACUCGUCAAAAUAAUCACAUAUGUUUUUGAUUUGAAAUGUAUGAGGGGUAAAAGAUAACUCUCUCAAUCUUUUUUUCUUGCCUUAAAUAUUCUACCGCCUUCAACACAGUCUUAUCCUACUGAUGACGAUAAUGAUAGUCAAUUAAAUAUUAUAUGAUUUUCUGUGUGUAAAUUAAUAUGGAUUUCAUUGAUUUCUAUUUUCUUACUAUAUUAUUAUUAUUAUUAUUUCUCCAAAUCCAUGUGUUCGAAUGUGUUUAGUUUGUACUUUCCCUCUACUAUUGCCGUUCAAUACGGCUAUACAUCCAUCCACCUACUGUACUACUACUUAUUGUGAAAAGAAUUAUCAAAUAUGUUUUUUAUUUUCUGAGCUUAACAUCCAAUUAUAUAAUGUAAAAAUGCGGAAAUCAAUUAACUUCACUGUUAACAACUGUUUAGAAUUCAUAUGGAAGCUUUGAUGGCAACAAUUCUUAUAAACGUCUUGUGUGUGUUACUUUUUCAUCGUAGGUUUAUGUUUUUGUAUGUAUGUGUUAUCGGCUUUCUAGUUUGAUUAAUAUACAAUUCAUAUCCUUAUUAAAUUUACCAAUCAUGCCAACUUCUUUCUUCAUCUUACUACAUUCUGUGAUCAAAAUGAAAAACUCUAAAUGAUCAUCUUAUACUGAUUAACUCGUUUAAUACAUAAAGCGAAAACAAGAUAACAUAUUAUUAUCUCCAUUAUUAGUAGGAGUAAAUUGAACCCCAACCCCACUUCAUACACAUACUUUUAUUUCCUAGGCGCAAAUUUAUCAUUCACUAUUAUCUCAUUCUUUAAGUCACUUAGAAAUAUAUCUAUAUCUAUAUAUAUAUAUACUUGGUUUGUUUGGUUUUCACUUUGUAAUCUUACUUUUUACCUUCGUUUGUUUGUUUUAUUUUCGUUGAGAAAUUGUCUAUUCAAAUUAUUUUUAUCAAGGUGUUCUUAGUAAUUGACCAUACAUGUAUCAAAUAUUUUGUAUAAUUUCAAUAAAUUCCUAUAUAUAUAUAUA